AUGGCAGAAGGGGACAUUGGCCAUUCCAAGCUCCAGUGCCAUACGUUUCUAGAAGAACUUCUACAAGACGAUGACAUAGAAGCAUUUCGGCGACUGAGCUUAGGGUCUGAAUCAGAAGCGGUGGGUCCUGGACAGAAAGACAAUUCUCCAGAAAGUGUCGUCGUCCUUGAUGACGAAGCCUCGGAUGAUGGUACUCAAGGCGUUGAUACUGACGCGGCCAAGCUGUGUGGAUCACCACAAAGAUGCUGCUGCGGCGACCGCAGGGGUUUCAAUAUGAGAGACGCUCUGCAGGAUGAAAGCAGUGGUAUCCUUGUCACUACGGGAGGGCGAUUCCCGUGUCUUCACAUCGGCGUCAGCGGACUUCGGCAGGACAGGAGAUACCUGCUCGCGCUUGACUUCUGUCAAAUCACCUGCGACGUGGACCUGCGAUUUCUGGAGUUCACCGAGCCGUACUAUAUGCCCCGACCAAAUCACCUCGAAGGACGGCAGUGGAUGAACCAAGUUCUCCACUUCAACCUCACCUCCAUCGCGAACGGGGGCCUUCAAGAAAGUGACAUGACGCUGAAGAUGAACUGCGAAUACGAGCCGACGCUGCGCAUCCUCGAACAGAGGGACGAUCAUUUACUCUCGGGCACGUCGGCCAUUCGCUUCACUCUAAAGGGAAGCGAGUUCUUGGUGGUCUCCCUCACGAGUGAGGUUCGAUACAACAAAGAUCCGUUGGCAAGGGAGUUCCUCCUUGUGCGCAAAUCUGAGAUGACUAGGGGGAAGUUUUCCCCCGAGUGCUACCCCAGUCCACCCUCUAGAAACCUACUCGACCAGUUCUCCAGAGUCUCAGCUGGUACGCCUGUCUCCCAGCAAUACGAGAAACAUCGCCGUUCCGCCCACACGGACUACCGCAUCCAGAGCCCGUCGACAAGAGUUGUGAGAACCGGCUCUUCUGACGCCAUUCCGAUCCGCGUCUCAGAGGCUCAGCUCCCAGCCUUUGGUAAACCACCGCAAGACGUGUUCUCUGGCGGCUCCUGGAAGUCGAUGCCACCCGUUCAGCCGACGAUGCAGCAGACUCCUCAGCAGACUCCUCAGCAGCGUAUCCAGCCACCUAUUUCGCUCCAUCUAUUGCAGCCUCGAGGAGCACCGAGACCCAGCUGCAUGUCGACCAGUGGUCAGCUCGAGCUGAACGCCCUGUUCCAAAGGCUUCAGAACACGGCAGCCAGACCGAUCAUGGAACCAUGUGUCCCUAGCUACAGCGUUGCUGCUCAAAACGAAACUAGACAACCGGUGGCGCCGUUCCCGUCCCAGCCGCAGGACGUCGACUGGUCAAAGCGCGGUUCAGCAGCUCUGCCCACGCAAAGGGUCAACUUCGACACUGUGCCCAGCAACUAUCUUCGCUGGGUGGCACUAGCAAGGAGCAAUCUUGCUAGGCCUGCCGUAGAUCAGUGCCAGCCUCAUCUGCACCUUCAGUACCUUCAGCAGCUGCAGCUUCUUCAUCAUCUGCAGCAGCAAGAACGACAGCAGAUGAGACAAGAGAUGGGAACGCAAGUCGGCACACAGGCAGCUACGUCAGACAAUAACGACGCGGAGCUGGACAGCAGUGCUGGCAUGGCUGGACACUCAGUGACCUACUUUUCUCCCUGA